AGCAAGAUUCUUAGUUAGAUUUGGUGAGGGAGGACCAUCUCUCUCUACCUUUUCUUUGUAUAGAUCUGAGCUACUACAUUUGGAUUCAUUGUUAUACACAUUCUUUAACCAUUUUUGAGCUAAGUAGAUCGAAGAAAAUGAGAGAGUGUAGGAUUUAUUGUUUUUGCAUUGCUUUGGUUCUGGUUUUAGUUCAUGGUGCUAAUGGUGAAGACCCAUAUAAGUUAUUAACCUGGAAAAUCACUUACGGCGACAUUUAUCCUCUUGGUGUUAAGCAACAGGGGAUCUUGAUCAAUAAUCAAUUUCCAGGGCCACAAAUUGAUGCUGUGACAAAUAUGAAUUUGGUUAUCAGUGUGUUCAAUUACUUAAGUGAACCAUUUCUUCUGUCUUGGGAUGGUAUACAGCAGAGAAGGAAUUCAUGGCAGGAUGGAAUGCCUGGCACAAACUGUCCAAUUCUACCAGGAAGGAACUUCACUUACAAUAUCCAAGUGAAGGAUCAGAUUGGUAGCUUUUUCUACUUCCCCUCAUUUUUGUUCCACAAAGCUGCUGGUGGCUUUGGUGGCAUCAGAAUCUGGAGCCGGCCUAAGAUUCCGGUUCCUUUCCCUAAUCCUGCUGGAGACCACACUGUACUAGCUGGUGACUGGUUCAAAACUAAUCACUAUAUACUGAGACGAUACUUUUUGGAGCGUGGUCAGAAUCUUCCCUUGCCUGAUGGUCUUCUCAUAAAUGGUCGUGGAUGGAACGGAUACACAUUCAAUGUUGAACCAGGCAAGACAUAUAGAUUUAGGAUAUCAAAUGUAGGGCUUACGACAUCCCUUAACUUCAGAAUUCAAGGGCAUAAGAUGAAAUUGGUGGAGGUAGAAGGAUCUCAUACACUUCAGAACACGUAUGAUGCACUUGACAUCCAUCUGGGGCAGUCCUAUUCUGUCUUGGUUACAGCUGAUCAGCCUGCUAAGGACUACUACGUUGUCGUUUCUUCACGCUUCACUACCAAGAUACUCACCACCACAGCCAUUCUUCACUACACCAAUUCGCGCCAGGGAGUUUCGGGUCCUAUCCCUUGGGGGCCUACCAAUCAGGUUGCUUGGUCCCUCAACCAAGCAAGAUCAAUACGAUGGAACCUGACAGCUAGUGGACCUAGGCCAAAUCCUCAAGGCUCAUACCACUAUGGAAUGAUCAAGCCAGCCAGGACAAUUAUGCUUGCAAACUCCGCACCCUGGAUCAAUGGCAAGCAGAGGUAUGCUGUCAACGGUGUCUCUUAUAUUCCACCAAACACUCCUUUGAAACUCGCUGAUCACUUCAACAUUCCGGGAGUUUUCAACCUUGGAAGCAUUUCUACCAAUCCUCCAGGAGGAAAUGGUGGCUACUUGCAAACCUCAGUCAUGCAUGCCAACUUCCGAGAAUUUGUAGAGAUUGUUUUCCAAAAUUGGGAAGACUCUGUGCAGUCAUGGCACAUUGAUGGCUAUUCAUUCUUUGUACUGGGGAUGGAUGGAGGACAAUGGACUCAAGCAAGUAGAGCACGUUACAAUCUGAGAGACACAGUUGCACGCUCCACUGUUCAGGUUUAUCCAAAGUCAUGGACUGCAAUCUCCGUGGCAUUGGACAAUGUCGGAAUGUGGAAUGUGAGGUCUCAAAAUUGGGCAAGGCAGUACCUGGGACAGCAGUUCUAUCUGAGAGUAUACUCUCCUGCUCAUUCAUGGAGAGAUGAAUUACCGAUUCCAAGAAAUGCCAUUCUUUGUGGCAGGGCAAAAGGUCGCCACACCAGGCCUCUAUAAAUUUUCAUGAACGAAUUAGAUGCGUAAGUAGAAGGCAAUUGUAUGUCACGAGAGGGUGACAUAGGAGUUUUAAAGUUUAGGUGAAGAGUAAUUGAGCAUCCUACAAGUUAUUGGGUGCUCCCCUUGAGCUUCUGAAAUUUUUCUUCGUUGUGUUAUCCAUUUCAAUAAUAGGAAGAACUUAACUUACAA